ACGGUAGCGAAGCCGGACUGAAAACACUGACACACCAGCGCCAUGGUUUUGCUCUUGGACUCAAGACUUCUUUUGAAUAAAAUUAGAGACAUCAGAUGUUUCACUCCCAGGCGAAACAGAGUGAAAGUGAAAUGGGCGGCUUCACGUCCCAAGUAUCCUCCCACAACUGUCGCCCUCCAGCACUGUGAUGUGAACUACGGUUCCCAGCUGGGGGACAUGUGGCCAUCUAUCCGAGUAGCUCUGCUUUCAGAGAGGAAAUAUGGAGCUCUGAUCAACAAUUUCUCACAUGAUGACAGUCUGCUGGAGAGUCUUAAAGAGCAAGGCUGCGUCGACUUCUUCUGUGACACCGAGUCAGUCGCUCAGUCAGGUGCAGAAGAAGCAUCUGGUGCUGAAUUUCAAGGGAGCCUUCGCCCUUCAUAUGUAGAUCAAUCUGUCAAUGAAACACCAUCAGCUCUCAGUCCUAAGAUCCAGUGUCUGGUGUUUCCAAGAGGAGAUAUUUCACGCUUCAAACCUGCCAAACCAGACAUGUUUGGAUUGUUGGGUUACUAUCUGAUGGAUGCAGCGUCUGUGCUUCCAUGUCUCGCUCUGGACGUCCAGGAGGGUCACAGUGUGCUGGACCUCUGUGCAGCUCCUGGCGGGAAAACCUUGGCUUUGAUGCAGACCCAGUCCGUCCGGUUUUUGUGUGUGAAUGAUUCUUCAGUAUCCCGGACAACACGACUGCGAGGCGUCCUCAAUAGCUACAUUCCCAAACAGUAUUUGACCGAUGAGAACCUGCGAAUCACCUCUUUUGAUGGCACUAAAUGGGGGGAAAUAGAAAGCAACACAUUUGAUCGUGUCCUUGUUGAUGUCCCCUGCACCACUGACAGACACUCCCUCAUGGAGGAAGACAACAAUAUAUUCAGUAAAAUGAGAACUGGGGAGAGGCGGAGGUUACCUGCGCUGCAGCUGGAGUUGCUUUUAGCUGGAAUCCAAGCAGCGUGUCCGGGUGGAGAGAUUGUUUACUCCACCUGCACCCUCUCCAACACGCAGAAUGUGUCUGUGGUCGAACAAGCCAUCCACAGCGCUCGCGAGAACUGUGGCAUCAAGGUUGAGGUUGUGGACCUGCAGUCACUCACACACACGUUCAGAAAAACCUUUCACUUUGCUUCCGACCUUCCACUGGGUGAGAUGGUGGUUCCGCACUUGGCUGCCAACUUUGGACCUAUUUAUAUGUGCAAACUCAGGAGGCUGACGUAGAACUUUUAAGGACACACACGCUGACCAUCCCCCGAAACGGCUUCUGGACUUCAUAUACACAAAAACACAAAUAAAAUCCAUGUCGGGUCAAGAAACUAUGUAAGGUCUGAAUUUACUUUUCUGGAUCUGUUUACAGAAUUUUAAAAAUAAAUAAAUAAAAUGUGCUUUAGGCAUUAUUAUGUGUUUAAAAUUCUUUUAAAUCCAUGCAGUUUUAUAUAUGGCCGGGAGGUGGCAGCACAGAGCAACACAAAACGUAUUUUCUCUGACCACUUAAAAGUCUCCUAAAUUUGUAACUUCGACCCUGUUUGUCACCAAAAUGGGCACCGUAUGUUGUCACUUAUACAAAAUCCUAUCGCAAAAUUCCUUCACCACAUUAUUUUUUCUUCGAUGUUCACACUUAUUUCCUUACAAAAGUAUGUUUUAAUGAUUUUUCAGUCGCAUUUUAAAAAUUAACAGGUGAGUAAAACAAUUUUGUAAAUUAAUAUUAUACAGUCUUUUAGUGCACUUUUCCUACUUUUUUUGUAGCAAUCUUUCUUCCCCAUAGGUGAAUCAGAAUCAGCUUUAUUGCCAAGGUCAGUGAGGAUCCCCCCCAACUAGGAAAGUGCUUUGGAACAAGGCGCAAUAAUGAACAAAACACAAUAGUAAUAAUAUUAAUAAUGGCUGUGGUUGUUCAAAGAUACAGGCCCGAGUGUCGCCAAAUGUCUUUUCAGUUGAAAACAUCCGUAACUGAAGUGUCCUCCUGACCUGCCAGGUGGCUUCCGAUGAACGCAUGCAGAGCAUUUAGCAAAGGACUUCACUGACACUCUCAUUUCCUUUAGGCAAACCUCUCUCCUCUGAAAACAUCUCGGUUAUUCAUCAGUUCUGAUGCCUUUGCCUGGUAAUGUGGCAGCAGGCCAUAAUGAAGAGGCAGGUAAUAGCUCCUCUGACCGUUUUCAGUCCCUGCAACUUUCAUUACGUCGCUCUGUUUUGCAUCACUCAGAGGUGAAACCUGGUAAUAUGAGCCCGGAUACCUAUUUCCCGUCGCACCAGCGAUGACCCUUUAUGUUGUCCUGCCCAGGCAAUGUAGCAUGAAGAAGGUGUGUGCGUCGAUGUGUGUGUGUCUAACGAGUAGUGCACAGAGGGGUGUCAUUAAGAAGCCGACUCCCAUCCCCGCGCGGGGACGGACGGCAGCCAUGCGGCUCUCAGAUGAACAUUAAAGAGGCAGCAGAGAUCUGAAAUGGGACGUCUCGCCCUGUUUUGCCCUUCCGCUUUUUGAUUCCACAGAUGAGUGCAGAUAAUUUUGUGUGCGAUUGUGAGUGAUUACUGUAUUACUGCGGUAAAAGGGGGAUGUAUCGGGGAAUGCAGAGGGAAUUAAUGACACAUAAAAACUAUUUUUGUAUUGACUGCUUUCGUCCGCGGGGCCUGCAGUGCCUGUUCGCACGUCUUGUGAUUAC